GACUGGAUAAGAUCCUUCGGCUGCUACUUACAAAUGAAAAAUAGCCACUUGCAAGAGGUGCCCGAGAGCUCCUGGCACUGACCAUAAAUUGGACGUGAGUGGCUUUGAGACGGGAGUGAAAUAAAUACAUUUCAACUCGAUGAUAUGGAUCUCAGUUUAUGCGGAGUAAUGAAAAGUCCUUCACACCAACCUGUUCUUGGGGUUCAGAAUUACUUGGAGGAUGCAGUGCAGAAGCUCCAGCCCAUCAAUGAAGUCAACAUCUCAAUCUCCAGUCGUACGGACAGUGGAGUACAUGCUCUGUGCAAUUCUGCUCACCUCGACAUCCAGAGAAAGGAGGGAAAGCUACCAUUUUCAGCAGAGCUCCUUGUUGAUGCACUGAACUUCCAUUUGAAACCUGAGCCAAUCAGUGUCUUAAAAGCUUUUCGAGUGGCUGAUAACUUCAAUGCUCGAUUCAGGGCUCUAUCACGGACGUAUGUGUACCGACUUGUGACAGGAUGCUGCCACCGUUCUCAGCUUCCAGUAUUUGAAAGGAAUCUUUGCUGGCCUGUGGCUAAUAGACCUUUAAAUGCAGACGUCAUGAAAGAGGCAGCCCAGAUCCUGUUGGGCACGCAUGACUUCAGUACCUACCGCUCCUUGAACUCCGAGACUCCCUUCAAGUCACCGCUGAAAACACUGCUCCAGGUGGACAUAAUGCCAGGUUUUAGCAUCUUUUUGCAGCAAAAUUUCCACAGCCACCUGGAAUUCUGGGAGCUGACCUUCAGGAGCAGAUCCUUCCUCUACAAACAGGUGAGGAGAAUGACAGGUGCUCUGGUUGCUGUUGGACAGGGCAAAUUAAUGCCCCGACAUAUAGCAGAUCUGCUCGAGGUGCGGGAUUCUAGGGCUUAUCCACAGAACAUUAUAGCCCCACCUGAUGGCCUGUUUUUGAAGAAUGUGGAAUAUGACACAAAGGAUCUUGAAGUGGGAGAAAGUGUAAUUCAGUGAUUGUGGAUCGGUCUGCAAGCUCUGUAAAGUAUCUUGGAACAGACUUCUGGCUCCAAAGCCUAUUGUAGCAAAGAAAGGGAAAAAAAGACUUGCAAUUAUCUAGCAUUUUUUACAGCCACCGGAUGUCUCAAAGCGCUUUACAGCCAAACAAGUAUUUUUGAAGCGUGGUCACUGUUAUAAUUUUGGAAACGUGGCAGCUAAUUUGCACUCAGAAAAUUCCCACAAACAGCGAUGUGAUAAUGAGCAGAUAAUCUGUAUUUUUGCAGUGUUGAUUGAGAGAUAAAUAUUGGCAAUGGCACUGGGGAGAACCCUCCUCAGGUGCCAUUGGACCUUUCAAUCCACCUGAUAGAGCCGAUGGGACCUUGGUUUAAUGUCGCGUCUAAAAGACAUCUGACUAUGCAGCACUCCCUCAGUCUUUCACUGGAGUGUUAGCCUAUAUUUUUGUGCCAAAGACUUGAACCCAGAACCUUGUGACUUAGAGACGAGAGUGCUACCAAGUGUGCCACGCCUGCCACUUAUACAUGACAAUUAUUAACAAAAAGGAUUGGUUUAGUUGCGCAAAGACUUGCUUACAUUUCAUCAACAGUCCUGAAUAUGUUACAAAUUGUGGAGAAAAUACAAUGUUGGAUAAAGGCC